AUGUCUGUCAACAACUUCAUCGCCGCUCUACACCAAUUUAUUGCCCGCAGAGGUGCGCCGCACACUCUGUUUUCAGACAACGCUAAGACUUUCACAUCCGCCGCAAGAAAAAUGUAUGAGUUAGAAAAACUCUUGAAGACGAUGCCCUCUGAAGUGAAGUGCUUUCUGUCUAACUACGGCAUAAACUGGAAGUUCAUUCCCCCUUAUGCUCCGCAUCAAGGAGGCAUAUGGGAAGCCGCCGUCAAAUCCGCCAAAACACUGCUACACCGCUGUAUUGGGGACACAGCUCUUACAUACGAAGAGUAUGACACCAUUUUCGUUAGAAUUGAAAGUAUUCUAAAUAGUCGACCGCUUACAGAAUUGUCCUCUGAACCUGCUGAAGCUGCCUCCGUGCUCACUCCCGGGCACUUCCUAAUUGGUAGACCUAUUACCGCACACACCGCUUUCUUUAAUAACCAGUAA